ACGAUAUAUCCGUUAGACCAAAAAGUUAGACCGAGAGAGGGCACUCAGCUCUGUGCCCCACUCCUAGAAAAUUCCGUUGGAAACAGUGACGAAUUUGAAGUGAAUGUGAGAAAAUUGCAGAGAGAAGGUGAGGAACAGCAGAAGAGAAAGUGAGAAAAAAUUGCAGGGUCGGGGAUAGCGUCUCAAUGGAAGAGAAUGUCAGCUAAAAUCGAAAAGAAAGUGAGAGAAAAUUGAAAAGAGAGAGAAAGUUGAAGAGUGGGAGAAAAUUGAAAGGGGAGUGAGGGAAAACUGAAACAAAACCCUAAUCUCCAGAUGUCGUACUCGUACUCAUCAGAGAAGCAAAACCCUUAUCUGCCGUUGAAGAAGUCUCCGUCAAGUUGGUCAAAUCUCUGGUUCAAGUCACCCAACAAAGCCCUAAACCAUGUGGUUUUCACCAUGCACCUCAAGUCUCUCACCAAACACCAACUUCAACCUCACAAAGCCCUUAUCUUCGAUCGAACGCUGCUCCUGUCCGAUGAGCUUCUGCUACGGGUCUUCCAGAAACUCCCUGAAUCGCAGAGGAAGCCCAACUCCCUUGUUUGCAAGCGUUGGUUGAGUCUUCAGGGUCGACUCGUUCAAUCCGUGAAGCUUCUGGAAUGGGACUUUCUUGAAUCAGGUAGACUCGUUUCGAGAUUUCCGAAUCUCACCCGUGUUGAUUUGGUUCACGCCUGCAUUGUCUGGCCUCGAAGUUGUGGCGUUUUGUUGAAUCACAGAGUUGUUUCAGUUCCUGUAGAUUCCGAAGUUUCACAAAACGGGUUUCUUGAGAAUGGAAAAGUGUUAGCUUCUAAUGUUGUUGACAGAGGUUUGAGAUUUCUUGCCAGUGGGUAUCCUAAUUUGCGUAAACUCGCGGUUGUAGGGGCAAGUGAGUUGGGUUUAUUGAGUGUGGCUGAGGAGUGUUCUACACUGCAAGAAUUGGAGUUACAUAAGUGUAGUGAUGCCACAUUGAGGGCGAUUUCCGGGUUUGGGAAUUUGCAGAUCUUGAAAUUGAUUGGAAAUGCUGAAGGGCUUUACAAGUCUUUGGUCUCGGAUGUUGGAUUGACGAUUUUGGCACAAGGGUGUACGAGGUUGGUGAAGCUUGAGCUUAGUGGGUGUGAGGGGAGCUAUGAUGGGAUCAAGGCAAUUGGGCAGUGCUGCCAAAUGCUCGAAGAACUGACUCUGUCUGAUCAUAGGCUCGAUGGUGGAUGGCUGUCAGCUCUAUCUUAUUGUGAGAAUUUGAAGACUUUGAGGUUUCAGUCAUGUAGAAGGAUCGAUGUCUGUCCAGGGCUUGAUGAGUAUUUGGGUUCUUGUCCAACUCUUGAGCGAUUACAUUUGCACAAGUGUCAAUUGCGGGAUAAAUUGAGUAUGAGAGCAUUGUAUAUGAUUUCUGGGGCAGUGAGAGACUUUGUUAUUCAGGAUUGUUGGGGACUUGACAAUGAUAUUUUGGGCUUAGCAACUACUUGCAGGAGGGUAAAGUUGUUGUCUUUAGAAGGAUGCUCAUUGCUAACAACAGAAGGUCUGGAGUCUGCCGUGCUUUCCUGGAAAGAUCUUCAAAAGCUGAGAGUAGUAUCAUGUAAGAAUAUCAAGGACAGUGAAGUCUCCCCCGCACUUUCAACCUUAUUCUCGAUUCUGAAGGAGUUACAAUGGAGGCCUGAUACAAGGUCUCUCCUCUCAUCGAGCCUUGUGGAGAGUGGCAUGGGCAAAAGAGGCAGUAAAUUUUUCAGGAAGAUAUGAGACCUGAAGUGCCUGCCUGAUUCUUAUAAUCUGAGGCUCUUAUGCUCUUAUUUGUUUCAGACUGCCUGAUUCUCUCCCCAUGUUGGAUGUUCCUAUUUGCAUAGAGGGAGCCUUAUACAAUUGUUGUAAAAUGCCAAUCUUUUCUGCACUCCUUUCUCAAUGCACAUCGAGUGCCUUAAUGGAAUAUGCUCAAGCAUAACUCUACAUAGUACUUUUUUCUUUUGAAGAAUUGCUUCCUGUCUACCGAGGAAAUGAAGCAUUGAUUAAUGUAGUCACACCAUUGAUCCACAAUGAAAAGAUGUGUUCACUCC